AUGACGAAAAUCAAGUAUCACCUUAUUCAAACGGAAAUGGCGUGGCCUAGCGAUAGAUCCGCCGCACAGAAGUUUUUAAAAAUUUGCGCUGUAUGUGGCAUAUUACUGCUUAUGCUUGCCUAUAGUUGGCCGAUCCGCUUCACAAAUGACCCAACGCCAAGUUCUAUAAGGGCAGGUUGGACUGGCACCAGAUAUGACUAUUUUAAUGCAACCGUGGACGAAACUACAUUAACUACAGACGAUAUAAGUUCGACAAUGCAGUUUAGAUCCUUAACAAACCCAAACGAAACCUUGGGACCCAAUAUAUUGGAUAACUACUUUGUGUAUACCUCACACUGUCGCAUGCCCGCUAUAAAUCCCUUUGCAAGGGAUGCGCUGAGAAUAUUUGAAAAUUCAACAUAUUCCCCUUGUGAUUCGAAAAAGGAUUUAAUAUCAAUACACUACAAUGACGAGGAUCGACGAUACAGGCUGCACAUGAAUGAAGCAAACAUCAAAUGCUGCUACAAAAAGAUUCUGCGCUACGGAAAUGGUGCGGAGGCAGACAAUAAGUUCAAAUUGUGGUCAUGCAAAUAUUUCCAGCAGGACUUUAUGCUGCCGCAAGAUGUGGAUGCUAUUAUCACCGAGUGUCGUCGUGUGAAAGAUAAAAAGCUUUUGCAACAGGAUGCGUUUAGCUUUGUGCAACCAGCGCAACACGUGGGCAAUCGAACAAAUAAAAUUGCCUCAAAUAUAAGUCAAUCGACAACUACAGAUGGUAGACCAAGUGUCCUGCUUUGGGGCAUUGAUUCCAUGUCGCGAAUGAACUUUCAGCGUACCAUGCCUCAGAUGCACAAGUAUUUGAGAGGGGAGAAUUGGCACGAACUGCGAGGAUAUAACAAGAUGGGAGAUAACACGUUUCCCAAUUUAAUGGCGAUACUGGCAGGAUUCAAUAACUCACGAUCAAUGUCUAUUUGCCGACCAACAGCUGUCGCUGGCUUAGAUGAUUGCCCUUUACUCUGGAAGGCUUACAGGCAAUUGGGAUAUAUCACAGCCUACGCCGAAGACUGGGGCCGGUUUUCUACUUUUAACUACAAUAAGAAGGGAUUCGUCAAGCCACCCACAGAUUACUAUCCACGACCUUUUGUGUUAUCCAUCGAGAAGGAACUCAAGAAAGAAUUGGUGUCCAAGGUACCCUACUGUGUGGGUCGGCGACAUUAUGCUGAGUAUAUCUACGAUUACGCAAUCCAGUUCACGAAAGUCCACAAAAAUGAGUCAACUUUUGGCAUGUUCUGGACAAAUUCGUUUAGCCACAAUAAUUUUUCCUUGCCUUCUUCAAUGGAUGUUAAGAUGCUGGAAUAUAUGCAUGCAUUGCAAAGAGGUGGCACCUUUGAAAAGUCUAUUGUUAUAUUCUUCAGUGAUCAUGGCAUGCGCUUUGGCAAACUGCGGAAUUUGCAUAGUGGGUUUUUAGAGGAACGUAUGCCAAUAUUUUAUAUAUGGAUUCCAAACUGGUUCAGGAUAAAAUAUCCAGCGUUUGUGCAUAGCUUGCAGUUAAAUAGGAACCGUUUAACGUCGCCCUACGAUAUCCAUGCUACAUUGAGGCACAUUCUGGAGCUCGAGACACCGUUGGCUGAUUUGCCACGACCUGAAGGCUGUCCGAAGUGCCAUAGUAUCUUUUACGAAGUAGCUGAAUCGAGGGACUGUACAGAUGCGGGAAUUGCGGAGCACUGGUGUACCUGCCACACGUUAAAGAAUAGUUCACGUACUGAGAUUCAUAUCAAAGAAAUUGCACAGCAGCUUAUUGCUGCCACAAAUGCCUAUUUGGUGACCAACAACUUGACGGACAUAUGCCAGACUCUAAAUCUUUCAAAUAUCGAGUCAGUGCAGAGGAAAAUAACUUCAAAGCCAAAGGAAUUUGAGUCUUACUUGGUCAGGUAUGAGGCCAAGCCAGAGAAUGCACUUUUUGAGGCUUCAACGGAUUGGGACAACAAGACACAGCUAAUCUCAAUAAACGUGCCUGAUAUAAGUCGACUGGACGCCUACAGUGAACUAUCUAAGUGCGUAGACGACAGUAUUGCUAAAAAGUUUUGCAUAUGCUUCGACUUUUUACAGCCCAACCGAUAAACUUAUCUCUGAGAGAUAACACAACCUUAAAUUUCUAUUCGCAUGCGCAUGCCCCUGCCUUCUGAACAGGAUGUGAACUAGUAAUAUUAUCGUAACAUUCUCUGCUCAAAUGUAUAUUAAGCGAAAUAGUUUUAACUUGUUCUAUUUUAUUUGUAUUUCAAUUUGCAUGAAAUGAGUCUAGAUCUUAAUCUAAUAAUAUUAUAUCUAUAAUACAAAUGAUCAUAAGAAUAUUUAUUAAUAAUAAUUCCGAUGAAAUCGUGA